UUCAUAAACAAGCAGAAGCAUAAAUUAUCCUGAAAAAUUUUCUGGCUUCCAUCGCCUCUGCAAGGUCUCCUUCGGCAGGCUAUCACGGGCCAGAGGAAUCAGAUCCCAAUCAGUCAUUUCUCGUCUCCAAAACUUUUUCUCCACCUUAAAAAACAGAAAGAAACAAGAAGAAGAAAAGGCAAACACCCUCCAAAAAUCUCCCAUCAUUUUCUUGCUAUCUUCUGUGAGCAUGAGCGUGUGAACGAGCGGUUCCAAAGGUUGACCCUUUUUGCUCUUAAACUGUGUCUCGGUCCCUCUGUCUCUCUGUCUCUCUGUUCGAGUCCUCUUCCCUUUUGCCCCGCUUUAUAGGGGCAGAGAAAUCAUUGUUUCGCUCGUUGUCUCCUCCUCUCGAAUGAAUGGUUCGGCUGUUGAAACUCGGCCUCUUCACCUGAUUGUCAAACUCGCUUCUGAAGUCUUUCCUUCCUUCUGUUCAGUAGCUUUCGUCUUUCUGUUGCUUAUUUUCGCACAAAGCUCCCGCCUUGCUUUCUGGGUCAUCCUCUUUCUGCUCGGAAAUGCCGCCGGAUUACUUCCCUCUGCGGUGGGAGAGCACCGGCGACCAGUGGUGGUACGCGUCGCCCAUCGACUGGGCGGCGGCGAACGGCCUCUAUGACGUGGUCAGGGAGCUGCUCCACCUGGACCCCAACCUCCUCAUCAAGCUCACCUCCCUACGCCGCAUCCGCCGCCUCGAGACCGUGUGGGACGAUGACACGGCGGGGCAGUUCGACGACGUGGCCCGGUGCCGCGCCGCCGUGGCGCGCAGGCUCCUCCUCGACUGUGAGCCGCGGAAAGGCAAGGGCGAGAACUCGCUUGUCCGCGCCGGCUACGGCGGGUGGCUCGUGUACACGGCCGCCUCGGCGGGCGACCUCGAGUUCGUGAAGGAGCUGUUGGAGAGAGACCCUUUUCUGGUGUUUGGAGAGGGAGAGUAUGGGGUGAGUGAUGUGUUGUAUGCUGCUGCUAGGAGCAAGAAUUGUGGGGUUUUCAGGUGCUUGCUCGAAUCUGCGGUUUCACCGAAGAACGGUUUGAGUGUUGGUGAAGUUGAUGGGGACAGAGGUUUUAGGUGGGAGAUUAUGAACAGAGCUGUUCAUGCAGCUGCAAGAGGAGGGAAUGUGGAGAUUCUGAGGGAGCUGAUUGAGGGUUGCUCUGAUGUUUUGGUGUACAGAGAUUCGCAGGGCUCUACUGUGUUGCAUAGUGCAUCUGGAAGAGGGCAAGUUGAGGUUGUUAAGGAUCUAAUAGCAUCCUAUGAUAUCAUUAGCUCUACAGAUAAUCAUGGCAACACAGCGUUACAUGUGGCUGCUUACCGGGGUCAUUUAAGUGUUGUAGAGGUCCUCAUUCUCGCAUCUCCCUCUCUAGCCUCGGUGACAAACAGCUAUGGCGAUACUUUCCUUCAUCUUGCUGUGGCAGGUUUCCGCACUCCCGGAUUCCGAAGAGUUGAUCGUCAGGUCGAGCUUAUGAAGCAGUUGUUAUGUGGAAAGAUCAUAAAUAUCGAGGACAUCAUCAAUGUGAGGAACAGCGAUGGAAGGACUGCCCUUCACAUGGCUGUAGCCGAGAAUAUCCAGACGAGUCUCGUGGAACUGCUGGUGACUGUUCGGUCAAUUAAUUUGAAUGUCUGUGAUUCUAAUGGAAUGACUCCACUAGAUCUUCUCAAGCAACGGCCCAAAUCAACAUCUUCUGACAUUCUGAUAAAGCAGUUGAUUUCUGCCGGGGGGAUCACCAAUUGUCAAGACCGCAAAGUUAGAAAUAUGCUCGCUUCUCAUCUUAGAGAGCAGGGCGUUGUGCGUAGCCCGGGAACAUCAUUCAGGAUUCCCGACGGAGAGAUCCUUUUGUAUGCUGGGGUCGAUAGUGCAUGUGGGUCCCGUUUCAAUUCGGGCCUUCUGGAGUACGCUAGCUGCUUGAGUGAAAUAAGUGACGUAGAUUCUGGUAACUUGUCUGAAAAUAAGAUGGGAAGUUCAAUCAAUCGUAGUGCGAGACGCCUGAAGUUUCUCUUCGGUUGGGCCGGAAGGAAAGAAAGAAAUGCCAUUAAGGUGGGGUUUAGAGAUGACAAUGACAGCGAUUCUCUUGAGUCUGUCAAAAUAAGUGGCAGUUUCAAGGAUCAUCGAAUCUCACUCAGGCAACGGUAUUCGAAACAAGCAUCCCUUCCAAACAAUAAGAGGACUUACUCUUUGGGGACUGAUUUUCCAAGUCCUUCCACGAGAAAGAAGUAUACCACGGGCCUUAUGCAUGGUGUGCUUCAGGCGAAGCCACAAUUUUUGCAAGCUGAUUCCUGUCCAAGUUCUUAUUCGGGGUCAUCCAUAUCUUCACCUAUAUCACUCGACGGGAGACAGAACAUUGAUGUCUUGAGAGCCUCUGGGUCAAUUAAACCCUUGAAUAACGGCAGAAGCCUAGGGAGGGACCAGAAAAAGACCUCGUUCAACAGGAGGCUGAUGAAUCAGUACUUCUGCUUCGGUGCACAACGUUUAGCCACUGAAGAUUCUAUCGAGUCUGCGCCGGAAUAUCGAGCGUACGAGCAAGCCUUAAUGGUAUGAUCUUGCUUCCAAGGAAGAGUACGGUAAUAGUGGGUUUUCCUCGGUUAGACUAGAUAUUCUGAGAGAUCACGAUAUAUUGUUGAUUCCUUAACCUUUCUUUGUAAUAAUAAACAUAAAGCUCUCAGAAGUUUUUCAGCACAGUAAAACAGAUGUGGUAACGUUCCAAUGUUGGUUGUAUAAAUAAUGUUAUGAAGAGCAAGAUUCUGAACAA